UUGUCUAAAACCCAUAAUUCUUCUUUAAAAAGAAAAAGAAAAAAAAAAAAAAGUUACAUGGUUGUUGUUUUUACAUUUGUUCAGGUCCAAUUUUCCGAUGAAUGAUUGGCAGAUUCCGUUUCUGGAGAGUAUCGAAAACCUCAAAUCUCAGGAAAUGGGUAGUUUUAGUUGUGUUCUUGCCUGGAGAACUUUCGGUUGCUGUUGGAGGAGGAAGUUCAUGUAAUCAAUUAAGGUGCACUUUAGGAGAAGCUUUUUCUUAGUUAGUGGGGGAGGUCUUUUUGUCUGAUUCAAAUUAUGUUAAGGAGCAUCUGAUGAACACAUAACCAUAGAAGAAAGCAACAAGGAUCAGUCAUGAAGUUUAUGAAACUUGGAUCUCGGCCAGAUACUUUCUAUACUACUGAGGCUGUAAGGUCAGUCUCCUCUGAAGUCUCCAGUGAUCUCAUAAUUCAGGUGAAGGGAAGCAGAUACUUACUUCACAAGUUUCCUCUUCUGUCCAAGUGUUUGCGCCUUCAGAGGCUAUGCUCUGAAUCUCCUGAAUCCUCACAACACCAAAUAAUCCAACUUCCUGAUUUCCCUGGUGGAGUUGAAGCAUUUGAACUGUGCGCAAAGUUUUGUUAUGGUAUUACAAUCACCCUCAGCGCCUACAACAUUGUAUCUGCUCGAUGUGCUGCUGAGUACUUGCAAAUGACAGAGGAUGUUGAGAAAGGGAACCUUAUGUACAAGCUGGAAGUUUUCUUCAAUUCCUGCGUUCUUCAUGGGUGGAAGGACUCCAUUGUGACAUUACAAAGCACAAAAGCCUUUCCCAUGUGGUCAGAAGACCUUGCAAUAACAAGCAGAUGCAUUGAAGCAAUUGCUUCAAAAGUCUUGAGUCACCCAUCAAAGGUGAGUUUGUCGCACAGUUAUUCCCGUCGCGGGAGGGAUGAUAUAUCAUGCAAUGGUGCGGAGAGUCAGAGAUAUAAACCAGAAACCAAGGGUUGGUGGGCAGAAGAUAUGGCGGAACUGGGAAUAGACCUUUAUUGGAGAACCAUGAUAGCAAUUAAGUCUGGUGGGAAGAUGCCCUCUAAUCUUCUCGGAGAUGCAUUGAAACUCUAUGCAUCUAGAUGGCUGCCCAAUAUAUCAAGGGAUGGAUAUGUCAAUAAGCAAGCAGCAGCAGAGUCAGAUUCAGACACAAGCAGUGAGAUAACUUCAAAGCACAGGCUACUUUUGGAGUCAAUUGUAAGCUUACUCCCAGCGGAGAGGGGCGCUGUUUCUUCCAGUUUCUUACUUAAACUAUUGAAGGCAGCCAAUAUCCUUAAUGCUUCUUCUUCUUCAAAGAUGGAAUUGGCCAGAAGAGUGGGACUUCAGUUAGAGGAAGCAAGAGUCAGUGAUCUGUUAAUACCCUCUCUAUCGUAUGCACAUGAUACACUAUAUGAUGUAGACAUAGUCAUGAUCAUAUUGGAGCAGUUCAUGUUACAAGGGCAGAGUCCCCCAACAAGUCCUCCGAGAUCCAAGCUGGGGUCUGAAAGGAGAAGGUCUCGGUCAGCAGAAAAUAUUGAUUUUGAGUUUCAGGAGAGUAGGAGGUCGUCUUCAGCAUCUCAUAGCUCAAAAUUGAAGGUGGCAAAGCUUGUGGAUGGGUAUCUCCAAGAGAUUGCCCGGGAUGUGAAUUUGCCUUUGUCAAAGUUCAUUGCAAUUGCUGAAGCCAUACCGCAUUUUGCAAGGCUGGAUCAUGAUGAUCUCUACAGAGCUAUUGACAUUUAUCUCAAGGCUCACCCAGACCUGAACAAGAGCGAGAGGAAAAGGUUGUGUCGAAUCCUAGACUGCAAAAAGCUGUCCAUGGAGGCCUGCAUGCACGCCGCACAAAAUGAGCUACUCCCCUUGAGGGUGGUAGUGCAAGUUCUUUUCUUUGAGCAAGCUCGGGCCGCCGUGGCUGGUGGGAAAGUGACCGAGCUGCCUAGCAACCUCAGGGCGCUCUUAGCCACACAAGGCAUUGACCCAUCAAGGCCUCCACCGCCAUUGAGUAGCACCACUAGCAUUCCAGCGGACGACCAGUGGAGCGUCUCGGGCCUUAAAUCGCCAAAGUCAAGGAUGUCUACUUUAAGAAUGAAGCUGGCUGAGGAUGAUGACUUGGAUGACAAUGAUCUGAACCCUGAUGGAAUCGGUAGACAUUCUAGGCUUAAGGCUCUGUGUGCUCUUCCCACAAGACCCAAAAGGAUGUUCAGUAAAUUAUGGUCGAUUAACAGAAGUGCCAGUGAAAAGAAUUGAUCGAGUACUUGGUUUUUUGUUUAUUUUGUGGGUAACAUAUACUCUGCUUUUUUCUUUUGUUCUUGCGAAAUGCCGUGUAACUUUUUAGGGGAAACAAGUUUGAGAAUCUUAAUUAAUGCGCAUUGUUGAUGUAAUCUAUUGUAAUAAGAAACAACAUUUUCGGGACGCCAGAGAAAUAUCUGUUGGUGAAACCCAUUUGUUGAAAAUGGAGGAGUCUUAGGUGUAAAUGACUAAUCGUGGGACCAAUGUCGUUGUUUUUGUCUAUAAA